AUGCCCUUCGAACUCGAGAAUUUUUCGACAGAUGUCACCCAUCAGAUCACCAGACACAUGUCACCUUUGAAUAUGUGAGUUCCAUUAAACGUCUUCUCAAAGACUUCUGAAUCUGAAUCUUUGCAGUCUCGAGAUGUCGUUCUGCAAUUCCGAUUGGCGCGAACUAAUGAAGACGUUCAAGUUUAGGAUAAAAUCACUCUAUGUGAAUGUGAAAGGUCUCAAUCAAGGUCGGAAAUCCAUCUGGAAGCGUAAGAUCGUCAAAGAGCAUUUUCAGAACCUUCUUGUGGCCUGGCAGCCAUCACUUUGGGAGUUCAGCUGUGGAAACGCGGCUACAUGCACUUCUUCUUCUACCGAAAAACCCAAGAGGAGAUCGAGAAUCAGAUUGUUCUCGGCGAACGGACUGUCCAUCGUUCUUUUGGUGGGAAUCAGUUCAAAUGGUCAGUGAUUUCCCCGACAAUAUUGACGUUCAAAUCGAGUUUCAGCAAAAUCGACAGUACCUCUUACAAAGUGUACACGACGGAGCCCGUUGGCGCGUUCAAGAAUGUGCUCGCCGAUAUGUUCGAGAUGUUCCCCGGGAGCAUCGAUCAUCUGAGCCUCGGCCACGUGGAGGAGAGCGCCGACCACGUCAUCUUCCAUGUUCUGAACAACCCGCUCGUCGGACGGUGCAAUUCUCUCUCGAUCCCCUCCGGAUGCGGCAUUUCCUCCCGUUUGCUCAGAUACGUUCUGGCCAUGGACGGUCUUAGACAGCUCUAUUUGAAUGCGUCCACUCCCGUUAACUUCAAAUUGCACAGGGUACGCUCACUUUCGAAACCUUUCUUACUUUAUUCCGUUUUCAGAACAUCAACAUCUGUCACGUAACGCUCCCGUACGGCGCAUGGAUCACUCGUUCCAGCCUAAUGUUGCUGAACGUAGAGAGCAUUUACAUGGGCGAUGCACGCGUCAAUCUGACCGAUCUGAACGAGUUGAUCCACGCGUGGCUCAAAAGCGAUCGCAAGAAACUGCUCCGCGUCUCGUUCAGCUACUCCAGAGGCUGUCCGUGGGAACUGGAGAAGAGGUCGAAGAGGGAUCUGUACGAUGGGUUGGAUGUGAAGACGUGGGACGAGGUGAAGAGCACACGGCCGAGAUACUUUGAGUACGAAGAGUACGUCCUUUGAGCUGAAUAUUAUGAGUCUUAUGACGAUUAAUUCUUCAGAUUGAACAAGAAGAUCGACUGCUCGAUGGGAAUGGAUAUCACUCGUUCGGACGGGGCCCUCGCCACCAUCAAUUCCACGAGAGACAACGUCGACUUUGUCGUGUGGAAGUACCCAUAAAUGUUUCGCUCUCUUCUUUCACUUUCAUUCUCAUUCCCUACGGUUUCCGUUUUGACUAUCAGACCCGAACUCUAGAGCCUAUACAACUACAAUAAAACUUGAACUAUCACAAUUGCGAGUGCGUACACUGAAAAAUGGGAGGUGAAAUUGCAAUCAUAUUGCGAUACAGUUGUUUGCGUCCUCUCGGCACUCUCGUUUGAUAAUAUACUCUUUGUUAAAUUGUGCGAGAAGCUCUGAUAACGCUCAUUUUGUGCCAACUCUUCCUCUUUCAAACUCAUCAAUUCGCAAAUGUACCAAGAGCGUAAAAUUGUUGAGCUGGUUUCUGAUGCAAGUUCACUUUUCCCUAUUUCGUCGAACUCAUUCAUAAUGAUUCUAGGAUCAUGAUCCGAUCGAGAACGGCGCUGAAGACGAACAGUUGACCCAGUUCCGCGUGGUCUCAGAAAUCCAUGCCGAACUGAUUGAGUUCGUCAAAACGAAGCUGUCGGAAUCGAUCGAAUUGCAAACGUUCGAAGUGGACCGGGAGAUUGAGUUCAUGGAGAAGUGAAUUAGAAUCUAUCCCCAGAAUCAUUUGAAUUUCCUAGAAAAAUCACUCGUCUCAAUCGGUCUGAAACGCCCACUUUCAACAACCACAACGAGCAAGAAGAGCGUGAGGAUUGGGAGCUGACAACGGAAGAAAGAGCAGCUCAACUGCAGCAAACCGAACGACGUCUGAACGGUCUCCGGAGGAGAAGGGACAAUCUGUUUUGCAGAGUACAAAAAGCACUGGACUCUCUGAACUGUGACGGUCUCGAGCAGGUCAGAAUUGUGAACGGAAGGUGUAACGUCGAUUUGUCAAAGUUCCAUGUGAAGAAUGAGGCAUGGAUUUGUGCUUUGAACACUUCUUUGGGUCUCAAGAAGAUCAAACUGAUCUGUGAUAAAAUAUCGGUGUUGGAAGUGGGGAGAGAGGCGACGUUUUGGUUCGAUGAGGUCAAGGGACUGCUCGAGAAAUUGGAAGAGAACGAGAAGCAGAUUGCACUUGGAUUGAUUGUGGAGAUGGUGAACUAACAUUUUAAAAUCCUCAUUUUACCUAAGUCGGUUUUUAGGCAUUCUGGAAGUCGGAAACUACCAUAGAAGUUGAUAAUUUAUACGUGGAUUUGAUGUAUUCCCUCUUUGACAACGCCUUCUACAAGGAGACCAUCGGAAAGGGUUUCCAGCAGGUUCCGUUCUCCCAGUCUGGAAUAGAACACGAGCUGGUAUCUCUGAAAGUGAUUUCUGUUUUCUUGAAGACAAUCAAACAGGUCAGUGAUUGUACGAUAACCGUCGAAGCAUAAUAUCGCUUUCUAGGAGGACCGAGAGAGUCUCGAGCAGUUUACCGGUUAUCUGAGCAGUUCCCUGUUGCGAACGUUGAACAAUGUGCAUCUGGAAACCCAUCACAUGAAUUCUGUGAUUACCGUAAUCGAGGGAAUCGAACAGCAACUGAUCUCCACGAGCGAUCAGUUCGACAGAGUCUUGACCACCUUCGGGCAGAAGAUUGGCUGUUUUGAAGGGUGAGAUCUCACGUUCCACCAGCUUCUUCUCAUCGGAGCAUCUUGCAGAUCCCUCAGACAUCAGAUGACAGGCAUUCUGAGGAGAUUCCGUCCGAGUGUCUCUCCUGUACCUGAUCAGACCGCCCAUGUGCCCGUUUUGAUGGCUGCCAUUUCGGAGACGUUAUCCGUACGUCAUUUCACAGUGACCGAGCAUUCGAGUGUGGCAAGUGGGCUGAAUGAUACGAUGGAAACGCAAAGACGGCUGGAGGAGCGGAGAAGAGUGGAGGAAGAGAACAGAAAUAAAGAGACGGAAGAGUUGAGGAAGGAAGUGGAACGAUUGCGACUUGCCGCGGAAGAGGAGAAGAAGAGGAAGAACGAGUUGGCCCGACUGGAAGAAGUCAGGAGACAAGAGGAGGAGAAUAAGAAGGAGUUGGAGAGGAAGAAGGAGGAAGAAAACAGAAAACAGAAAGAGCUGGAGGAAGCAAUACGGAGACAGGUUGAAGAAGAGUACAGAAAACAGGUAAAGGAGCGAGAACAACAGGAAACAGAAAGGAAGAAUAAGGAGGCAGAAGACGUGAAGAAGAGAGCAGAUGAAGAGAAACAACGGAAAAAAGCGGAAGUGGAAGAGUACAAACGAGCCAACCCGUGCACCUUCCUGAGAAACGUGCGACUCUUCCUGCACACAUGUCCACAGAAGGUGUACAACGAGUCUGUGCUCAACGGAAAGAUCAUCGGUCUCUACUUCUCCGGUUACUGGUGUCCGCCCUCGAGAGCCUUCACCCCUGUCCUCAAGAACUUCUACAGUCAAGUCGAUGUCCACGGAUUCGAGAUUGUGUACUUCUCCCAGGACAACACUCUUGCGGAAAUGCAACUAUAUCUUCAGGAGCACCACGGUAAUUGGUUCAACGCGGAAUUCGGAUCAAAUUUAGGAGACCUUCUCUACAACCAGUUGGGAUGCACCGGAAUUCCCACUUUGAUCAUUAUAAAACCGAACGGAACAGUGAUCAGCAGCAAGGGACGGGAGGAAGUGACGAACUGCACGAAUCCGAUUGCGCUGCUCGACAUUUGGAAGAGCGGAAGAGGGUGGUUGUGA